GAUGAGAAUCGUGUGGCUAUCCGGACGGACAGUGGAACAUUGAUAUUUGAAACGUGGAUUAACAAUUCCAACAUCCAUCCGGAUAUUACCCCAUUCAACGCUUAUGCCCAUUCGGGGAAUGUCGAAGGAGAUGUUGUGUACUGUAACUUCGGUCGAAAGUCUGACUACGCCUUGCUGGCCAAGAUGGGUGUUCGCACCGACGGGGUCAUCCACCUGAUUCGUUAUGGGAAGAUCCACCCAGCGAACAAGAUCAAGCUGGCCGAGGAGAAAGGUGCUCUGGGAGUGAUCCUGUACCCGGACCCGGCCGACUACUGCAAUGGCUUGACCAACGUGUCCGGCACCUGGUGGCUGCAGGGAGACCAGGUGCCCAGUGAGCAUGUCCGCUUCUGGCUGACCGGCGACCCCAGCACUCCAGACUAUCCUGCCCUAGAGGGAGUUCCUCGAGCUGGCAAUCCCCGAGGAAGCAUGCCUAGUAUCUGUGUCUACCCAAUCUCUUACAACGAUGCUGAAAUCAUGUUGAGACACCUUGGAGGCACCUCGCCAUCACCAGAAUGGCAGGGAAGUUUAAAUGUGUCCUACAAUUCUGGCCCUGGUUUUUCUGGUCCAUGGGAAAAUUAUAAAGUCGAGCUAAAUGUGUCCAAUAGUUUCAUGUACAGAGAGAUACACAACGUCAUUGCAAUCUUCAGGGGCAAAUACGAGAAAGAUCAUUAUGUUAUCAUUGGCGCCCACAUUGAUGCUUGGGGAUACGGAGCUGUUGAUGCUGGAACCAGUUUUGCUGUCAUCAUGGACUUGGCCAGGACAUUUUCCGCCCAGGUCGCGAAAGGAUGGCGGCCGAGAAGAACCAUCAUAUUUGCUCUGUGGGAUGCAUCAAAGUACGGCCACAUCGGAGCCUAUGAGUGGGUACAGGAAUAUGAGAAGCAGUUGACCACAGGGGGUGUGGCUUAUAUCAAUAUUGACUCAGCUAUCAGAGGUAACUAUAGUUUUUAUGCGGAGUCGAACCCACUCCUUUACGAUAGCUUGGACCCAGACCAGGAAGGGAAAACCGUGUAUGAUGUCUGGAAGGAAAGAGGAACCAGAUCAAGCUUCUCAAAAACUCAGCCCUGGAUAAACAACUUAUCUGGCGACCAGGAUCACAGUCCCUUCAUGUACCGAAUAGGCAUGUCUUCCCUCCUUGCGGCCUUUACCUAUGACAUGCAGGCCUACCCAAACUUGCCAACAUAUCCAGCCCAUAAUACCUUGCAAGACACAAUGAAAUAUGUGACUGACAUUGACCCUGGCUAUAGACUGCACUCAAUGUUACUUCAGGUGCUCUGUGACAUUGUGCUGAGGCUUUCAGACUCUGCCAUUAUCCCCAUGAAUGUCACACAUUAUUCUGACAUGAUGCACCAGCGUUUACCUGCUGUCAUCGACAUGUUGUCGUCAACACCGCUUGGUAACGAUACAGAAAUACUGCAGUCAACAAUUGCAGACUUCACUCAGGCAGCCCAACAGUUCCAGUCCAAGCUAGACAAACAGAACAAAACAGAUAUGACAGAAUUUGAUGUCCUGGAAAUUAACGACAAGCUCAUUAGGAUUUCAAGGUCAUUCAUUUACGAUGGUCAGUU